GCCGUGCUUCCUGCAGUGCCUCUGGUGAUCCACAUUAUAAGACUUUUGACCACAGGGUCCAUAAUUUCAUGGGAAAUUGCACUUACACCCUCUCCAAAGUGUGCAAUGUCUCUGAAGGGAUUCCAUACUUCCAUGUGUCCACGACAAAUGAGCACAGAGGAGCCAACACCCAAGUCUCUUACGUGAAGUCAGUGCAAGUGGAAGUCUAUGGCUACCAGAUUUCUCUGCAGAAAAACAAGAAACUGAAUGUGAAUGGUCGCAGAAUGAACCUGCCUGUAUACAUAGAAAACAAGAUCAGUAUUCAAAGCAGUGGUGCAUAUAUUCUUUUGGAAACUGACUUCGGACUGUGGGUGAGAUAUGAUGGAAAACACUAUGCAGAAGUCUCUGUGCCCUCCAAUUACAGCGGUCUGCUCUGUGGCCUUUGUGGUAAUUAUAAUGGUAAUCCAAAGGAUGACAAUAUAAAGCCAAAUGGUGAUGUUGCAACCAGUUCCACUGAUCUUGGAGAAAGCUGGCUUGUGCCUGAAAAUAACACCAUAUGCUCCAGCGGUGGGACAGAAGAGCAAUGUGAUCCUGUGCUGGAGAGUGAAGCAAAGAAGAACACAGCAUGUGGCAUGAUCACAGACCCAACAGGAAUCUUCAAGGACUGUCACACCAAAGUGCCUCCAGAGGAUUUCUUUGAAAACUGUGUUUAUGACAUGUGUUUCACUGGUGGACAGGCAACAUCCUUAUGCUAUGGACUGCAGGCGUAUGCUGAAUCGUGUAUCAAUGCAGGGAUAUGCAUAGAGUGGAGGAAUGCUACUCUUUGCCCAAUGUCCUGUCCUGGAGGCAGCAUCUACAAGGGCUGUGGUACUAGGUGUCCCACUACCUGUUUUAACAUCUCAGCAGUUGAUUCCUGCAGUUCUACACCAGUGGAAGGUUGCUUCUGUAAGGAAGGCUAUGUUUUGAGUGGAGACAAAUGUGUGCCAGAAAGCAGCUGUGGUUGUGUUGAUGAAGAGAACCAGUAUCACGAGCUGGAUGAAAGCUGGUUCACCAGUAAUUCCUGCACUGAACGCUGCACCUGCAAGGCCAAUAACAACAUUGAAUGUACAUCCUGGGAGUGUGGAGUCCUAGAGGAAUGCAGUAUUCGGGAUGGAGUGCUGGGCUGUCAUUCCAAUGGGCAAGCAACAUGUCAAGUGGUAGGAGAUCCCCAUUAUUUCACUUUUGAUGGAAUGAAGUACACUUUUGUGGGAACCUGCACAUACACUUUGGUUGAGGUUGUUGACACCAACAGCAAUGUCAUUCCUAUAACUAUCCUUGGAAAGAAUGAAGACAGAGGACUAAGAGGGGCCACAUACCUGAAAGAAGUCUAUAUAGAUGUGCACAAUGUACGAAUCACCCUUGAGAAAAACCAAGAAAUCCUGCUGAACAAUGAAAGAGUCUACACUCCAGUGGAGAACCGAGUGCGAGGAGUGUCCAUAGGAAAUGCUGGCAGAUUUAUAGUAGUGAAAACUGACUUUGGCGUGACAGUGAAAUACGAUGGCAAUCACCAUCUGGAGAUCACCCUCCCACACUCUUAUUUCUCAAAGGUGCAGGGCAUGUGUGGUAACUUCAAUAAUAAACAUGAAGAUGACCUGUUCUUGCCCAAUGGUACAGCUGCCAGUGUCUCACAGUUUGGAAAUAGCUGGAAAGUGGAGGAAGACAGUGACAAGAGUUGUUUGCCAGACUUAAAAGAAGAUCAUGAUCCUCCUUGCACUGCUGAGAAUAAACCAGACAUCGAAAGCCAAUGCAAUGUCCUAAAAUCAGACAAAUUCAAAGCAUGUCAUGACCUAGUCAAUCCUGAAGAUUUCAUAGAGAUCUGCAUCUAUGACAUGUGUCAGUAUGAUGGCAUGAAGUCUGCUCUCUGUGACAUAGUUCAAGUCUAUGUGGACACCUGCAGGAGUCAUGGAAUUUCCAUUAAAUGGAGGAAUAGCACAUUCUGCCGUAAGUACACAAGCAGGAGAAAAACCUGA